GUCCACUCAUGAAAGUCUAGUAGGUACGAGUACAGUGACGCUGAAGCAUCGUCAUCUGUACGAGUGGCGCACACGUUUCUUGUUGAAUAACUACUACGGGCUUAUUUUCAAACUGAGACGAUUGUGUGCCCACAUACUUGUAGCAUCGACAUAUUUCAACGUCCAGUGAUUAAUGUAUUUUCUAUUAUGGCAAUUGAUCGUAGUGCGCAUGCGACGAAUUGUAUUAUUAGAGGGACGCUAAACGUGAUCACACGGGUUCGUCGGUUGGGCCGACUCACGAGUUAAGUGCUCGCCGUGCUUUCAAUGCAAACUAUGUGCUGUCUACGCUAAAGCGCUUCAGUUCCAUGUGUUAUUUUUUACGCAAAUAAGUAAAUAAAAGUGUAUGUUUGAGUUGUGAAAAAAGUGACGGAAAGAUGACCCCCAAUAACUGUGAUAUGGAUAAAAAUGAAAACGUAAGGGCAACAAAUGUUACCACCUUCGAACUAGGAUCCGCCAAAACGUGAUACUCAUCCCGAGAAAAAUGAAAAGAAAAUAUUUCUUCGAAAGUUGUUGCAGACACUUCCCUCUGUGUCCGAAUUAAAACAAUACGUCGGCGUCUUUCUUUGUGGGGUAACACUAUGGGGUUCAUCAUGGUUCCUAUUAAAAGACUCCGUGCUCCCAGAUGGAUACUUAUUCAAAAUGGCCGGAGUAGUCAUAGCAGGGUAUAUGUUUGGUCAAACAUUAGAACGAUACACCACAAUCAACCCAGUCGUCGGGAUGACGUUAACUGGAGCGCUUUAUAGAUAUUUUGGACCACCGAACUUUCUAGAAAGUCCCACAGCUGAUCUCAUUGAUUUUCAUUUAAGGCGAAUCUACCCCGUCAUUAUCCUGACGAAGGGCCCGCUCACUUGGAACUGGGAAUAUAUAAAAAAUAAUUCAGUAAAAGUUUUCUCAUUGGCCACACUGCCUUGGACCGUCGAGUGUUUAUCUACCGCCUUCUUCGCCCACAUACUACUCGAGUUUCCUUGGUACUGGGGCUUGCAUCUGGGAUCCAUCUUAGCAUCAGUGUCACCAGCAAUAGUUGUGCCAACAGUGAAUGGUUUUUCUGCAAGAGGUUUAGGAACCAAAAACCAAAUAGCACUCCUUGUAGCGAAUGCCGGAGGUCUUGACACGGCAUUCACAGAGGGCGUGUGUGGAGUCAUUAAUAGUGCCAUAUUUUAUCCAGCGCCACUUGUUUACAGGAUUGUAAAGGGUUUGCUGGCUAUAUUCGUCGGUAUCGCCGUCGGAAUAUUCUGGGGAGUGUUAUCAGACAGUCUGCCGGAUCACAGUGACAUAUACGCGCCAACUAUACGAAGCCUGCUCAUUUUUGGUGGCGGUGUAUUGUUGACUUACGCCGGUGGAUAUCUCGGAUGGGGUGGCACCUCGGGUGUCGCGAUCAUGGUGUGCGCAGGCGCCGCCGCCACUCGAUGGGCCCGAAGAGAUUGGCCGAUCGCCGAUAACCCCGUCUGGGAGGUUUACAAGCUGCUAUGGAGGAUAUUUGAGCCCAUGCUCUUCACCCUGAGCGGGUAUUUCUUAGAUGUUUCACAACUAAAUGUGAAGGAGCUAUGCCUGAUCCUGGGAUGUAUCUCCGCGGCACUGGUGCUGCGGCUGCUGACAGCAUUCCUGGUAGCACUGGCUAACGAGCUGUCGAUCAAAGAGAGUCUUUUUAUCGCCGUCACUUGGAUACCUAAGGCUAUUGUAGAGGCAGUCCUCGUGCGGGUUGCAAUGGAUUCCCUGUGGGUGGACGCUACCUCAAAAGACAGGCGGAUAGCUGCGCAACACUCGAAUAUCAUCGUUAUUGCAAUACUGAUAACGUCUACUUUAGGGUCAGUGCUGACGACGGCGUUAGGACCUGUCCUUCUCUCGCACGACUCAAGGGUCGCCCCUGAAGAUUUCUACCGCACGCAGACGAUAUCACCGCCCGUGUCAUCGAACCGCGUCCGCCGAAACAAUACCUCAAACUCACUCCACUGUAUAAAUGUUCAAUAAAUUAUGUAUUAUGCUAAAA